AUGUCGGGUUACAACUUCAAGAGUAUUACAGUUGUUCCUUCUUCUAAGGAAUUUAUUGACAUUGUUUUGUCAAAAACACAACGGAAAACUCCUACCGUUAUACACAAACAGUACCCCAUGCCGCGAAUCCGGAAUUUUUAUAUGCGGAAAGUGAAGACUUGCCAACAAUUCUUCCACGAUAAAUUAAAUGCCAUCGUCACUGAGUUUCCUAUGGUGGAGACUAUCCACCCUUUUUACGCAGACUUGAUAAAUGUUCUCUAUUCUAAAGACCACUACAAGUUGGCUCUUGGUCAGAUUAAUACAGCUAAAAAUAUAAUUGAUGGCAUCGCUCGAGACCAAGUGAAAAUGUUGAAGUAUGGUGAAUCUCUCUACCAGUGCAAGACGCUUAAACGAACAGCUUUAGGAAGAAUGUGUACUGUCAUUAAGCGCCAAGCGAACAAUCUCAAAUUCUUGGAAGACACUCGUCAGCACCUUUCCCGUCUGCCGAGUAUCAAUCCGGAUACGCGUACACUGAUUGUUUGUGGCUUCCCCAAUGUUGGAAAGUCUAGUUUUAUCAACAAGAUCACACGAGCAGAUGUGGAUGUUCAACCCUUCCCAUUCACCACAAAGUCUCUCUUCGUGGGUCACACGGACUACAAGAAUCUUCGAUGGCAAGUUAUUGACACACCAGGUGUGUUAGACCGUCCACUGGAUGAACAUAACACUAUCGAAAUGGUCGCUAUUACUGCUCUGGCUCACCUUCAGGCUGCUGUUAUCUAUCUUAUGGAUUUGUCGGAGCAAUGCGGCUACUCUGUUGAGCAGCAGAUUUCUUUGUUCAAGAGUCUUAGCCCACUGUUCUCCAAUAAACCACUACUGGUUGUGGCCAAUAAGUCAGAUGUGAAGAAUCUGGCCUCUCUACCUGACGAGGAACGAGAGCUUAUUACUUCAAUAUGUCGCCUCUCGGGUGAAGAGGAAAUGGGGCAGGAGAAGCCAAUCUUUAUGGAAAUGUCGACCCUUCUUGGCGACGGAGUGAUGGAGGUACGCGCUCGUGCCUGUGAUGACCUCCUCACUCGUCGAGUGGAGGCCAAACUACGGGCCGGUGCUGCUAGUCUCCGUGAGGGUUCAAUUGCCAAUCGUCUGUACAUUGCGAGACCAAAGGAGAUUCUGGUUGAUCGUCCGCCAAAUAUCCCAGAAACCGUCUUGGAAAAGCGCCGUCUGAAACGCACCACCGAGAAUAUACCAAUGGAGAUUGAUGGGGAUGCUUCGGCUCAGCCCCCACCAGCCAAACGAAGAAUGACAAUGCGAGAUCGCGAGUUAGUGGAAGGUGAUGAUUUCUAUCUUAAUCUGCGCGAUCAUUGGCUUUUGAAGAAUCCUCAUGAACGCAAUGAUGUCAUUCCCGAAAUUGUGGAUGGUCACAAUAUCGCUGACUUCUUCGACCCUGAUAUUGAGGCUAGGCUGAAUGAACUGGAGGAGCAGGAAAAGGCUCUGGAAGAUGCAGGCAUCUACGACGAGGAAGAGGAUCCAGAUGAUGCUGAUCCCGAAAUGCAGAAACUCAGAGUCACAGCUAAGAAGAUUCGUGAGGCACGAGCACUGCGAAUUCUGGAAUCGCAGGCCCGGAAGAACAAGGAGAAGGGACACAUUUCGCGUGCCGAUAAAGGUGUCUCUGGCAGGCAAAUGAAAAGAGAACUUGGAAAACUAGGUCUUUCGGUGGACGUUAGCCGGCAGGUGGAGCAAAGCCGAGAUCGGCGUCAGGCUGCGGCUAAGCGACGUGCGGCCUCGUUGUCGGUGGCGCGGAGCGAAGCGGCGCACGCGGCGGCGGUGGAGCGAAGCUCAAGAUCACGUGCCCGCUCCGGUGUGCGUGAUGAAGCAGCCCAUGUGGCAGCUGUGAGGCGCGCACGCAAUGAUGCGGCGCGGUGUGUGGGCGCUAAGUCGCGCAAGGGCGAAGCGGACCGACACAUCCCCACUCUCCGGCCCAAACAUCUCUUCUCGGGCAAGCGUUCCAUCGGCAAGGCACAGCGUCGUUAA